CGGAUCCUCGCCGCUCCGGCUGCAGCUGCCACGCUCCCUUCCCGCCCCCGCGCCGGUCGGACCCCGCUGCAAUGAGUCCCCGGCGCUGCUGAAGGAUGGUGGCGGCCCGGAGAGCGCCUGCCCCGCGGCUCGGAGCCCUCCUCCUCCCCGGGAUCGUCCUCGGAGCCUGCCUGCUGCGGCCCGGCGCCGGCAAACCAGAGGAGUCCUGUCCGCGGAGCUUGGACUGCACGCUGCAGAGAAGGGAGUUCUGCCCCCCUGGUUCCCGUGCCUGCGGCCCUUGCCUCCUGCAGUUUGUGGAAGAUGAACACGGAAGAUGUGUCCAGAGGAAGUGGUCCUCCACUGGGAGAACUUCUGUUCCCAACCUAGAGGAAGAAAUCGACUUCUUAGCUGACGUGCUGGCCAGGCAGGAUGCCACUCGCCUCCAUCUGCUCCAGGAUGCCACCCUGGCCCCGUCAGGGAAGCAUCGUGAAGCCUCUGGGGUGAGAGGAGAGUCCUCCAAGAGGAACAGAGCGAGCCACAGGGCUGUGACAUCUUAUCCCACCGCUAUCACCAAGACAGUGAAGAGUUCUCCAGUGGAGGUGUUCCAUAUCACUUCAAAUGACCUCCUGAUACUCGGGAUGAUCGUGGUGUUCUCUGUUGCUGGCAUCGUUGCUUUAAUUGUGGCUGCGAUCUGCUGGUGCAGGCUGCAGAAGGAAAUCAGACUAGCUCAGAAAACCGACUACCCAGCUCAGAAGCUGCCUGGCCCCCUGCCAUAUGACAAGAUCUCGCCUGGGGAUCAGAAGCUGGCUCAGAGUGCCCAGAUGUAUCACUACCAACACCAAAAGCAGCAGAUGCUUUCCAUGGAAAAGCAUAAAGAGGAGCCCAAACUGCCUGACUCGGCAUCCUCUGACGAGGAGAACGAAGACGGUGAUUUCACGGUGUACGAGUGCCCAGGGCUGGCUCCUACUGGAGAAAUGGAAGUGAAGAACCCCCUCUUUGAUGACUCCACCUUACCCCCUCCGGGCCCCAAGUCACACCAGUAACCUCUCUCCUGCCCAAACUCGCUACGGACCGGUAUGCAGAAAGCCAAAAACCUCCAGCAACUCGGCUCCUCUCGAGGGACUCCGGACGAGGCUGCCAGUCAGUGCACGGAUUCCCAGAAUACACCGCCAGACUGUUAAACCCUGCUCAGUACACACCUGCCGACAGCUUUGGGGGGUCACUCCUGGUUCUAGCUCUCCUGGUUCUUUCUGUUGUGAUCUCGCUUGUUCCCUGUCCUGUGUUCCUUGUAUUGUUUCAGCUGCUGGGAGAUGGGAGGGGGCAGCUGGGUGGCUGAGCGACAGCGCAAGGGGUGGCAGUGUCUCCACUUUCAGGUUUGUUUUCUUUGUUACUUUGGGGGGCAGAGUAUACUGGUGGUGCAGCAGGUGCAAAGGGGUCCUGGGAAGGGACCUCUUGAGGGAAUCAAGGAGUGAACAGCAAAGCAAGGGCCUUGCCUUCACUCCCCGGCACUCUGGGAAACGUCCAACCAACCCUUGCAAACACCAGUGCUGCUGCAGCACUGGGAGCCUAGCGGGAGCAGAGGUGACUGGCACGGUGGGCUGGCAGCCAGCUGGAGCCCAGGGUGCACUAGUGCUCGCAGCAAAACGGGUGGGAAACUUUCCAAGAAAAGUCUAGUGUAGACCUGGUGAGAAGAGCCACAGUCCUUCCUCGUGGCUGGGUCCCACUGUGCCCCUCCACCAGAAAUCUUCCCCAGCCAAGAGACUAGAGAGUCCUUGGUGCCCAGGUUACACACCGUCCUGCCAAAAGCAGGAGCAAAAGGAGCCAUGGGUGGGAACUUGGUGAAAUGGGAACCAGCUCUCCCCGUAGCACAUUGUCCUCGAGCUGUGGAGUCAGCCCAGUCCAUGGCUUGGCCCAUCCCAGUGAACAAACGGGGGGAUACCCCAUCCCAAAUCACGCUUGAUAUCUAGCUUCCCAUUGGGGUGACUCUAGACUCGGUGCCUUUGUCUCGCUGUCCCUGGAAGUCGGGGUCUGAUGCAGCAAGUUUGCCCCAUCACCGAAUUCUGCUGUGAUGCAGGUUUUAUAAUUCCAUGUUUGUAGCAUUUUCCAACAAGUAAUUUGGCCAGGGCGCACACACCUUUCUGGCCAUCUUCUCUCUUUCGUUGUAUAAAACAGUUUGUCCAAUAAACCAGCUAUGCAGGUUUCUGAUGGUGGAUUUCUCAGCCUGACAGACUUUGAUUCGCUCAUUCAAAUAAGCCUCUGGCCUCUCUGGUUGAUUUCUUCAGUUGCUGUGGAACAGAAAGCUGUGGAGUGUGUGCACUUCCCAACUGCUGCCAGACACCAGUGCUGUGGCUUAGUGGCUGGAAAUGCUGUCUGGUGGGCCAGUACUGUCCUCUGGCCUACCUGCCCUGGGAGCAAAAAAAAAACCCAAACAUCUUUGCAUGGUCCCUAGGGAAAGAGUGAAUUCCAUAGUGACCAACCCCAGCAGCAAGUAGCCCCGCACUGCCCUUUCUGAUGCCACCAUGGUGUGAUGAGACGGCCUUGCCUCUCUAACGGGAAAAGCAGCGACAGUUCACUUGUUCAGAAAUGUCAAAGGUGUAACUUUUAAAGUGUUCCCAGCCCCCGUGCAGUCUGUGGGAGGGAUCAUGCAAGGAGUGGAGCUAGGCAGGAGGCAUAAUGCUGAUUUCUGGAGCUUUUCCUUCCCACCGCCUGUGACAGAGCAGCAUGCUGAAUCACAGCAACUGGGGAGAGGAGCUGUGUCCUGGCCUCUUCAGAGACGGUCAUAGCAGGAGCUGGAGACUAUUCAAACCUCUGCCCCAUUUACACACCCGUUCUCAGCCAUCAUGCGCUAUUUCCCAGGGGCGUGAGCCCUUUCGCUGAACAAGCACUGGCAGUACACCUGUGCAAACCUGGCCACUCCGCGGGCUGCCAGGAGCCAAGGAUUACACCUCAUUUGUCCCAGAAGGGGCAUGUUUCCACUUCCCUUCAAGUCUUAAUACCAAGGCCUGGCCUGGGCUAUGGAGCUGAGCAUGCUGGGAUACCUCCAUGCUAGCCUUGGGCCCGUCUGUAACAGUGCCCAGGCCAUGGCUGCUCUCUUGACUGCCUCAGUAACUCACCUGAGUCGCUGCUGUUUGUGGGUGUGAGUAACAGGCCAAUCACCGUGCUUGAGAAGUGGGGCCCACUAGGCAUUCCCACCCCCUGUGGCUAACCCCUUCCCUCAAGGCUUUCUUAUGUGGCUGUAGAGGCCCCUAUGGACUCCCCAGGCUGAGCACGCCCAGUGCGUAUAGGAUCUGGCCCAAAGUUGAAUCUCAGGUUGUUUCACUCACGUGGCUCCACAUCCCAAUCCCACGUGUGGAACGUUGAGUUCACUGUGCAGCUUCCUGCCUUCACCCCUCCUGUCGCUCCUUGAGUGAACUGUAUGGAGAGGAGCCGGAACCUCUGCAUGUGUAUGAGGCACAGGCACACAACCCCGCUGGGUCGUCCACCAGUGACUCAGUGCCCCUGGAAAUACACUGUGCAUGGCAGAGCCCCUGGUGGCACUGUACUUGUGAACAGCUGCGUGACGAUGGCACAGCCGUGCAUAUACUAAAGCCUCGAUCACACGAUUUUCUGGCUAUGUUGUCACUUUAUGAUCCCUUAUCCUUUACCGUACGUCGUGUGUUAAUGUUGAUUCCUGACCCGAAACCAUAAUUGUUGUCUGGAUUGUAUUAUUUUAAAAAGAAAGUUUUA